AUUGUCAGCUGUCACUUUCAAUUGUUAGCAUGUAAGACUGUUUGUUUUGAAAUGAAUUUAACACAUAAAAAAUAUAAGAUAUACAAAUGAAAUAAUUUUAUAAAUAAUACUUAAUCUUCUUUUAUAUUGCCUUAAUACUAUUAAAUGUGUAUUUUCACUAUGCCACAGAUCUUUCAAGUGUUAAGAUGCUAUAAAUGUUCAAUUUUUCAGGUACAUCAAACAAGAAAGGACAAUAAAUGGGUAUGUAAAAUUUGUGGGGAGAAACAAUCCGUUAAACGACACUACGGCAUAGGAACGAGUAAAGAUUGCAGGACACACGUUCAGAAACUGAACAAACUGAGAGGUGAUAAAGAGGAAUCACUAGUAAACAUAGUUGAUUCGGAGGACAGUGAAUGCGAUGAUAUUGUAGAUAAUACUACUUCUAACAUUGAUGAUACAAAAGUUUUAGUUAAGGUUAACAAAGAAAGUAAGUGGGCAGCUUAUAUUGAUGAACCAGAAGAACAAUUUGAAAGAAGUGAACCAGUGUACAUUAAUAAUAAAGAACUACUUUAUAAAAUACCACAGAAAAGAAAGUUGAACAGAAAGUCGCAAAAUAUUAAACGUUAUCGAAAAUCAGUUGACAAUAAAGAUAAUAGUGAAAGCAAUAUAUACAAUCACUUGGAUAAUGAGAUGGAUUCUAAAGGAUUGUUCACUACAAAUAUUAUUGAUCACAAAAUAGAAAAUAUUAAUCCAGAAAUCAUAAAUGUUGAUGAUACUAACAACAGGAUGAAAACAAAAAAUAUAAUACCAAAUUUGUUACUAAAUAAAGUUUAUAAAGAUUCGAAAUGGGUACAAUUUAUUGACUCGGAAGUUUUAAAUAACAGUGAUAACGAAGAAACAGAAAAAAACUGCAAUAAACAACCUUUAUUUUCAUUAUGUGAUGAUAGUGAAAUUGAUACAAUAUUAGAUCUGUAACUUCUGCUACCUAUAAAAAUUAAACAAUUCAAAAGUUA